AUGUCCAACGAGAAGUGGCAAUGUCACCUCAGUAUCAGCAACCUCCGACUGUUGCUACUAUUCCUAGAUACUCUGUCUCCGGCCCAGGCACACUGUCAGAAGAUGAGCGGGUUAGACGUGCCACCGAACUUGUACAAAGACGGAUGCAAGAACUGGCUCAGCAAAUUUCAUCUCCAGUACAGAUAUCACGAGUUAACGCGGCUGUUCAACAACGUAUCGAACAACGCCUGGCGGCCAAUAUGGGACGGCCUGGCCCCGAAAGAUCAGCAGCAUCUACUACUCGGAACUCGCCAUUAUCGGCUACUACUGCAGAUGCCGAACAACCACUAA